AUGGCAGGCCUUUCUCCCAAAGCACGACGAAUCAUCCUCACCGCCGGCGUAACAAUAUGCACGAUUACAGGCUCUCUCUACGGUGCGGGAUUGAAGAUGAAUCAGGAUACGAAGAAAAAGGUCGAAAGACAACUGUCUGCCACACCUGCUGAGAAAAUCCAAGCCCUCCAAUCUGUCAGAGAAAAACUCGUUAUACGUCGAUCCUCCUUGGAGAAGCAAAUCAGAGAUUUGCAGGCGAGACAGGAGACUGGACAGGAAAUGGGUUGUUCUACAAAUGACAUACGCAUAUCGAUGCUAGGCAAAGGGGGGAUGGAAUUGGGGUCUUUUGAACGCACAUUUCCCCGCUUAUUUGGAUUCACCUUUGGUAUCCACUUCCAUGUGGUGGAGGAUUCCGGAAGGUGGAAAAGCAUGCCAUGGAGUUCAACGUUCAUUGUUUCUGAGAUCUUUCUAGGGGGUGAUGGGAACUUCACACGGGCACAUAUUGCUGUUCCCGUGGCUCCGGAAGUCUGUGUUGGGUGGGCUUGGAAGGUCCAGCAGAUUUCCCUGCUUCUCAGACUGCAUCCUGUUAUCGACAACACAAUAGCAUGCUUUAUCAAUUUGGGGAUGGCGCAAUGA